GGCCCCGCCCCUGCGCGUCCUUUCCUCUUCCUCGCCACCACCACCACGUGUUUCUCCCUGCCCCGUUUGGAAGGCACCCUCAGCAACAUCAGCAGCCAGGCGCCAAUGCUGCUCUCGUCCCUGCGAGCACUGGGGCCCUCGCUCGUGCGGGGCCUCGGGCGAGCCACCCCGAGGACAGGAGGUGGCCAGCCGCUGGGCUGGCAUUGGAGGGGCUCCCCUGCAUGGAGCCACCAGUGCACACAGUGGGUCCCAGCUUCAGGGCCCAUUCCUGCGAGACUCACACACUCCUCCACCAAGAUGCCGACCAGCUCGGAGGUCACGAGCAGCUCUGCGGUGCGGGAGGAGCCCGAGAGCCUGGGCACCAUCACCAGGGUGAUUGAAGCCAUGGGAUUCACGGGCCCCCUCAAGUACAGCAAGUGGAAAAUAAAGAUCGCCGGUUUACGGAUGUACACGUGCUGCGUUGAGCGGAUCGACUAUGAAGAAUUCUUUGAGAGGUGCAGUCUGCCUGACACUCUGAACUCAUGGUUUUUGGUGACCCAGCUGCAUGUGUGGAUGUGCCUGGUGCGCUUGAAGCAGGAGGGCCGGGAGGGAAAGUACAUGUGCAAGUUCGUCGUUUACUCCAUGUGGGAGGAUGUGGACCAGAGAGGCAAGGUCAUGGGGGUGGACCCCGUGAUGCUCAAGAAGUGCUUGAGAACGAUGACAGAAAACUUCUACGCCGCCAUCUUUGGCUACGAUGAGGGGAUCCUGUCGGACGACACGGUGCUGGCGGCAGCGCUGUGGAGGAACUUGCUGAACCGCGAGGGCGACGACCCUCGCCUGUUGGCCAUGCUGGUGGAGUACGUGCGCAAACAGAUGCAGUACCUGGAUACCCUCAACGGGGACGACCUCCUCCUAACGGGCGACGUCAAGUGGAGGCCGCUCGUGGAAGAGAACCCACAGAGCAUCCUCAAGGCCGAGGCUCCAGCAUACAAUGACGCGGGCCUCUGAGGGCAACUGCUCCAGUACCUCCACCCUUUCAGAAUUCUGACCUGAUUCCACCCCCCACCCUCUUGUUCACCUCGGCUCACACCUCUUGCUUCAUCUCUACGUGUCUGUAUUUAAUCUCUCCACACCCUGUAUACCCCUCUCCGUCCUCCACCUCCUCUACUCCUAGUUUAUCCUUCACCUUCCAUUUUCUCCUCCACCUCCCCUCAUGCCCUGUUGUUCACCACCUCCCUUUCCCCAUCUCCACCCUUUCCACCAUCUUCUCCCCCUUACCACACCACCCCUUCAGCACCAAACCCCAUCCUCUCCCCCCUCACACCACCUGCCCUCCACUGCCUCUUGUUCCUCGGUCACCCCCACUGAGUUGAAGCAGGCACAACUUAAACAUUGUGUGUAUGUUUGUAUGUAUGUCUUUGUGUGUAAGUGUAUGUUGGUUUGUGUAUAGCUGUGCAAGAAUGGAGAGUCGUGGUGCAUCGUGUAGCGCCACGGUACUACAAUUACAGCAAAACCUGGGUUCGAUUCCCGGCCACGUUGCACAACUUUGGUGGCACAUGGUGAUGCAACUUGUCCAGGGCCCUCACCUCUAGGUUGACUCAGCCUGAAAUAGCAACCUAUUACAGUGUGUAAACAUCAGAUAGACGUAGCUGGGUGUGGUGCUGGCCACGCCACCCCCUUUAUGUGCAUGUCAUCCUGAGUAGACUUGUACCAAGAGCACCUGCGAUCAACGUGGCUAAAUGGAGGAUCAUUGUGUCAUAUGUUCGUAGUGUUAGGCAAUAACGCAUUGCUGGAAGCAGCUUACCAACAGUGGAUACCAGUCAUCCCAUAUAUUCCUUUGUCAGUGUAUGAUCAGAUUAUCUUCACUUGGCAUGUACCGGUUUGUAACUUUUUACGAUAAUGUCAAUAUAUUGUAAACACUGACUGUUUCAAAAAAAAACUGGAGCGGAAAAUGGUAUCGACAAGUUGGAUCAUUGUGAGGACAGUGGCAGCCAAUGCAAACUGAUCAUGGUAUGCAGCCUUCGGUCGUUGCAUAGUGACGUUAUUUUUUAGGUUAAAUCAUCACCAAUAGCGGUGGCUAUGAUCAAUCCACUGCUGGAUAAAGGCAAUCAGAACUGUCACCAUCCCGCUUGCGUUUGGUCUCUAAUCCACCUGCUGCUCUUUAUGUCCCCAUCGGUGUAAUCCCAAGGAUGACGUUUCACUGCUCCAUGCCAGGUGCUUCGGGAGCUGCACCGAGCCAGCUCACUUUCUCCCUUGAUGUAUAUCAGGGGGAAAAGUGAGCUGCCCAAUGCGGAAGCUGCCAAUUUGCUUUAAAGUCCACCUCCCCCCACCUCUGUAUAUAUGGGCACACCGCAGGCAAUCGGCAGGUCGCGUGUGGUGGGGUAAAGUGGUACUUUUCAUCAUCGACAUCAUCAACCACAAUCUCAUCGAAGAUGUCUGGCCAGUGUGGAAGAGUAAACCAAACACCCCUUCCGCAGUGGCUCUUCAAGAUCUCCCUCUUGCCGAGGCUCUUGCGCCAUAAUUGGCGCCAUCAAGCAAUAUCAAUGCUGCACACCUUUACCUUUCACUCACUGCGUUAUACGUGUUAUUUACACGCGCAAGGCAGCACAGGAUGAAUGCGUGCGUGCGUGUGUAUGUCCGUUGUCGUGUGCUGUAUUUAGGGAAGGAGCAAGCAUGAGGGAUGGUCAGGAUGUCUUCAGAGGGGAUGUCAAAAUGUGCACAGUCAUAACCCCCUGGAUCACUGCACUUUGUAGUAUUGCUGUCAGAUUUGAUGACGUAAUAUUCCAUGACUCUGUUAGUUCAGCAGCAGAUCUCUCGAACAUAAGUUGUUUUCCCGGUCAGGGUUAAUCCAUUGCUGCCAUCGUAGGUGCUGGGGUCGGGGGCCGCGGUGGAGGGGAGCUAACUCAUCCCUGUCAGGAUGAUUAAAUUGCUGCCACUGCAUCGAAGGAUGAGCAUCGUCUCAACCCAUCUACGGAGGAAGACACUUUCACUUUUUUGCACAAUUUUGUACGAUCACUAAAUAUAACCCGUGCUUUUAAUUUUUCACUUAAGCCAAACAUUUAGUGGUACUUGGCUUCCUCAGUGCUCUCUAAAAGGCCCGACAUUUUUACACACAAUGUCAUUUGACCCUUUUAGCCACUUAUAUAGACUUAGUGCAAGACUCCCUAUUAAUGCCGGCAUGGCACAAAAUAAGCUGUAAUGGCCAGCACCGUUUCCACCUGGCCACCUUUGUGUCCACUGUACUUGUGCUGACAUCGCAAAUGGGUACUAAUGUCUGGUGGAGUCAACCUCGUGGUGGCCAGGACAAGUUCACACAGCACUUAAGCAUGUACACAAAAAAAUACCCUGUUAUAUUUACAUAAGCUGCAGUAAAAAUAUAUUUUAUGAUGUAUGCGUAUAAUUCCCAAUUUUAAUGAGUUGCAGGUGGCUUUAGGUAUGUAAAGGGGUGUAGAAUUGAGAAAUUGGUUUAACUGUCAUCAUAGGCGUACUCAUUUUUGUUGGUUUUAAUUACUAAAUGCUAUUUUCCUAUCAGUGAACGUUAAACAAGUCAUGACAUAAACACAUAAACCAAAUUUUCGCAUUUGGAAGUUAUGUACAAGUCACAUUUAUGUACCGUUUACGUUCAAGUCACUUUCUUGAGAGCGGUCAACUAAACCGCGAACCUCCACAACAAGCAGAGAAUGCUGGCGUCGUCAUGUCCUCUCCCGAAAUAGAGGGGACAUGACCCCAGCUGUCAACGGGACACCAAGUCGAUGGUUCAAAUCCCAGAGUCCAGCAUUUACUCCGGAAUACUUCUGGGGUGGAUAAACAUUAGUACCGCAUUGUGUCGAUGCCCGGCCAAAGGAAUGUGGAAAUAUUGUCAUCGCUGGUUCAGAGGUGCCAGAUCGGUUUCCUAGAUCCUCGACACCAGACAAUGAUGGGUAUCGCCUGGGUGGUUAAAUAUCGGGCGGGCAAAAUGUGCCAAGGAUACAGUAUUCACGUGGCUUUUUUUCCGCAAGAUCCCAACGUAUUCGCGUUUCCUUGUGCACCGACACGGUUAUGACAGUGGUGCGUUAUGUGCGGCGUGUUUUUUUUAGGUUUAUCGGGUGAGCUCGAGCCUAGGCUCUCGAUCGGUCUCUUGUGGUGGUUUCUGAGUGCGCAUGUAUUUUUCGAAAGCCACUGUGAUGCGCGUCGCCGCGCGUUCUUUUGAGGUUUGUACAGCUUUGCAAAAUAAAACUUUUCCCCGGA